AUGACUGCACAAAGCUCAUCUUCGUACUACCUCAACAAUAGAGGUGGGCUUGGUGGCUUAGGGCCCGGGCCGAGGCACGAUGCUCGUGGUCCGGGAGUGGGUCUACCGGCACCACAGCCUGUUUACGCAAAUCUCUCUAGCCACCCGAACAUCACCUUGCGCCCAAAUGUAGGGAUGACUGGGAAUGCUGUAGAGAUGGGUAUGAGCCUUGUUGCGUCUGGUGGGUCUCACUGCGGUAUCGAGACCUUGAAGAAGAAGAGGGGUAGGCCGAGGAAGUACGGGCCCGAAGGGCCUCCUCCUAAGGUGUCUUUGAAAUUGUCGUCACCUGUUCCAAAAAUGCCCUCGUCGUCCGAUCCGAACACUUUGGGGGAGAAAGCAAGACGAGGGAGGCCGCCCGGGACCGGGUGGAAACAGAAACUUGCUCCUCUUGGCGAUUGGAUGAUUAGCUCAGCUGGACAGGCUUUUACCCCCCAUGUUCUUCACAUAGGAACUGGAGAGGAUAUUUCAGCAAAAAUAUUGGCAUUUGCGCAACAGAGAUCGAGAGCUUUAUGCAUAAUGUCAGGAAGUGGAUCGGUUUCUGUAGUGACACUAAAGCAACCUGCAAAUCCUUCUAGCACCGUAACUUUUGAGGUUGAUAUUAUUCUAUGCCUGUCUGGUUCUUAUUUGGUAGCUGAGAAUGGUGGGCCCCACACCCGAACUGGUGGUAUUAGCAUAUCUGUGUGUAAUCCUGAUGGCCAUAUGCUUGGGGGUUCAAUAGGCGGCCGACUUAUUGCAGCUAAUAAUGUGCAGGUGGUUGGGUGCAGUUUUGUGUACGAUGCUACAAAGGCAAAGACCAAACCCGAGUCCCAAAUAACGAACGAAAGGAACCUUCUAGAACAAUCUUCUGAAGAGGCGUACACCCCGUAUAGUGCUGCCGCCUCUAACCAAAACCCUAAUGUGGGGCCGAGUGCUUGGCAGCUAAGUUCACGACAAGACAUAAAGAGAUCACAAGAGGAUAUUGACCUGACUCGCGGAUGA